AUGGAAGGUGCUCAGGGCCAGCCAGGCCAGCAACCGCCGCAGCAGCCGAUGGUGCAACCACAGCAGCACUCCAACCUGAUUCGAACCGAUCAAGUACAGAAACUCCCGCACCUGAAUGACCAGCAGAAGGCCCAGCACACGCAGCUCGUGCGCAACCUGUGGGAGGCCCUCAACACCCGCGAUCCACAGAGCCAUGAAUACCAGACUGCGCAUGUGAAGCUGUCGCAGCUAUCACAGAAUUUGAUGAAGGGCAUGCGGAUGUUCCAGCAGAACCGACAACAAGCGAUCCAGCAUCAACAAGCCGCUGCCGCCGCCGCGCAACAGGGCCAGCCUCAGCAAGGCCAGCCCGUUCAGCGUACCCAGUCGAACAACCCGCAAAACCUUACCCAGCUACUUCCCCAGAUCCAAGCAAAAGUUAGCGCACUGAACUUCUACCUCCCUCCGAACGUGACCCAAGAACAGCUCCAAAACUGGAUCCCCGAGGCUCGGCUUCGAUAUGGUAUCGCCCUGCAGAAACAGGAGGUCGGGCGGGCUCGAAUUGCAGACUUACGCCAGCAGUUUGCGCAGCGACAGGGCCAAGGCAAUAUGACACAGGAUGAAAUGCAAGAGUUCAAAAACCGACAGCUUGCGGCCGAGAAGCUUUUCCGGGAAGGUAGCGAAUUCUUGACCAAGUUCAAGGAGCAGCAGGAAAGCUUCAAGGCACAGGCUCAGCCUGGUCAACCAAUGAGUCAAGGACAGAUGACCGGCGCACCUUCAACACAACAACCUGUGGUUUCCACAGGGGGAGCAGCGAAUGUACCGGCGCCCCAAGCCGCACCUCCAAACCAGGCCGGUGUUGCGCCAAAUGCUAUGCCAGGCCAGGCUCCAACUCCAGCAGCCCAUACCAUUAACUCGGCUGUCAAUGCGGCUCGUAACCAGGCUGGACAAGCAAUGUCGCCGUCGACCUCGCAGCCAGGACAAGUGCCUGCCGUAUCCUCAGCAGGCGCGACCCCGGCACCUUCCAAUGUGCAACCUCCAGUCCAGCGACCUCAGCCACCAUCCCAACAAGGAACGCCUGGCGCGCAAGUCAACUUUAGCCAAACACCCAACGCGGACGGAUCAACACCCACCCCGACUGGACCACCACAACCUAUGAACCAAGGGCCCCCUCGGCCUCUCUCACAACAAGCGGCGAUGCAGCAAGCUGCCAACUACAACACCAACCAAGGUCAGCAGCAAAACCAGCAAUUGAAUCAGGCCGCAAACAACCAGCAGGCUCACCCUCCAGGCUACCUUGCCAAUCGUCCAACAGACACUCCCAACCGCAACAUCAACAUGAACAUCCCCAAGAAUCUGAACGUCUCUACCCCGGAACCGGUCCCCAUGCCUGGCUCUCGCCCUACCUUCUCUGGUGGCCCCAGCCACAACCAGAUGGGUGUGAUGGGCCAGCCGGCCAUCCAGAAGCACCCAGGAUACGUGCUGGAAGGUGAAGGACAGCACGUCCUGAGCAAGAAGAUGCUCGACAUCCUCGUUCGUCAGGUCACCGGUGGUGGUGAGGGCGAAAUGCUGUCCCCUGAUGCCGAAGAGUUCAUGCUCCAAAUGGCCGAUGACUUUGUCGACGACGUGGUCACUCAAGCCUGCCGCCUCGCCAAGCUGCGUCCCUCUUCGACCCUCGAGCUCCGCGACAUCCAACUCGUUCUGGAGCGCAACUACAACAUGCGUAUCUCUGGAUUCGCAACCGAUGACCUCCGCACCGUCAAGAAGCCCCAGCCUACCCAGGGCUGGCUGCAGAAGAUGUCUGCCAUCCAGGCCGCCAAGGUCACCCAGGGCCGGUCUGAGUGA